AUGGGCCGACAUGUUACGGAACCUCGACACCGCAAGAUACCAAACCAAACCAAACCAAACCAUCCAUCUGUAGCCAUCUGCAAAGUGGCAACCAGACUCCGGAACAUCAGUUCAACGCCAUUAAAUGUCGCUGCGGCCAAGUUGCCACAAGGUCUUCAAGUUUUACAACAGAUAACAGAUAAUCUAACCAAACCAAACCAAACCAAACCAAACCAACGACUACCAUUCGACUACCAAUCAACAAUAAAUACCAUGAUCAGAACGAGUUUGGAAGAAGGAAGAAGGAAGAAGGAAGGAGACCGAGUAAUUCACGCCACACCAUCCAGGGCCGAGUUUCACCGCCAUGUCAUUCGACCCGACCAGAUUUAA